AUGUCCAAGAACGAUUCGAGGCGUAAGGAUUGUGGCGGGACUUUCGACGGGCUUUAUCGCGGGGUUCGCAGAGGCGACUUCUGCUGCCGCCCGGAGGAAGAGUGCGGACAGGAGCAUGUGCAUCGCCAUGUAUACGGGCGGCCAUACAACGACCAGCUCAUCGGGUCGUACAUGAUACUGCAGCACCUGUGGAAUCUCGGGGCAUGGUACGGCAAAGGUUUGGCCACGCAGUUCUGCCUGGUGUUCCCCAAUGAGUGGAUAGCGCUCGAGACGGCCGGCGUGUGGUAUACCGCGGACAUUAUCAACGAUCUUGAUCGGGCAGCGAUCGCCGGAUCCGGAGCAAUCGCUGUAGUAACCCCCCAUCCUACGCAGUGGCAGAGCGACGAGCUUCCGGACGAAGCCGACGUCAAGGAGCGUCUCAAGCCCUUCUAUCUUCGAAUUAUCCGCUCGAGCCAUCAUCCCAAGCUCUUCUACGCAACCUUCAAGACCGUGGAGAAAGCGAUGCAUGCGAAAGGUCUAAUAAAUGCGGAGGACUUCGUGAUUGACGUCUUCGACUGCACGAGGGUGGAUGUCACGACGGACCCUGAGCUGGACGACAUUCUCUGGACGCACGACAACUUGCGGAACUUGGGAAUCCGUCGAGUGCUGCCCCUUGGAGAUCAAAUGGCGAUGAGACAAGGUAUGCGUGGGCGGACUAAGCAACUGCUUUUCCGAGGUGCGAUAGAUGCCUACGAGUUCAUUACCGCGACUUUGAACAACAUGCCAGGGCUUACACCGUCAUUUGUUGGAAUCUUAGUGAAGGCGCAGCUCGAGGGGAACGAUGAGAGAGAAAGCACGCCGCCCACGCCACCACCCAAGGACAAGCGCUACAGCAUACAAUCCCAGAGCACCAACACCUUGGUCCACGAGGACGCCAAGUCCACAUUGUCCUCCAAAUCCGUUCCUUCGUCUAUCCCCACACUCCCGCCCAACUCAGCCGAUUCCGGACCCGCGCGUCGACCUCGCAGUUUCCUCUCCCCCUCCCCCUCUGUGGUCAGCAGCAGCCUGUCGCUUGUGCCCGAAGGCGACCAGCACGACCGAGCCGCGGCGCGCGUGGAGGAGAUCUACCAGAUCGAGCGCCUCGUUGCGGCUACAACCUUCCAGGUUGAGAAGCAGAAGGCCAAGAUUGCGGAGUACGAGCGUAGGUUGGCAGUGUUGGCAGAGAAAGAGAAGGAGAGCGCUCGGGGGACGUCAGACGGCCGUGUCACCAUGUACAGUGCGGCCAGCGGAAGUACAUUCACCGUGUUCUCGGAAACUGUGGAGGAAGAGACCGUUCUUCGUGAGAAGCUCUGGGCGGCGGCCGCGAAGAAGAACAAGUACACGAAGGAUCUCCACGAUCUCAGGACCGAGUUGAGCACCAAACGAGGUGACCUGAAGUUCUUCAAGGACGCUUGCGCGCGCGCGAGAAGGACGGUGGCGAAUGAUCGCGGGAGGUGUAGUCCAGUAGUCGAAUGA